AUGGCUCAAGGCUUGGUUCAGUCCCUCCUGAGUCCAGAUAGCCAAAAUGUCCCAUUCACUUGGAUCAUCGGGCUGGGCUUGAUAAUUAUUUUCUUGUUCAUUCGUAUCCGUGAUCCGCUAAAAAACAUCCCAGGUCCAUUCUGGGCUAGAUGGACUCCUUGGUGGAAUGUUUACUAUGCUCGCAAGGGAAACAUGCAUCGGAAUAUGAUGGCCAUGCACAAGAAGUAUGGAACGUUGGUCAGAACUGCACCCAAUGAAGUCAGCACAGCAAACCCGGAUGCGCUCACUAUCAUCUAUGGCGCUGGAACCGCGUUUCGCAAAAGCGACUGGUACAGUGUCUGGCAGGGCACCCGCAAGUGGGAUUUGUUCUCUGAACGAAGCGAAGAAAUCCACCGAAACCAAAGACGCCUCGUUAGCAAUAUUUAUUCCCUAUCCAAUAUGAAGAAGCUGGAGCCAUAUGUCAACAAAGCGGUUUCAACUUUCAUCAACAAGAUGUCCGAGAUGAAAGAUCAACAAAUUAAUAUGAGUUACUGGAUCCAGCUAUUUGGUUUUGAUGUCAUCGGAGAAGUGACAUUUUCCAAGCAGUUCGGCUUCAUGGAAUCCGGCAAGGAUGAUGGUGCAUUCAGCAUGAUUGACAACUCUCUGCGAUCUGCAGCUUGGUCCGGCUAUGUACCCUGGCUGUACUGGAUUAAUGCCAAACUCACUCCCAUUAUUGGAAAUCACCUGGCUGUUACUGCUCGCCAAGGCAGCCUAUUGACAAUGGCCGCCAAAUCAAUUUCCGAGCGCAAGGAGCGCGGUAGCGCCCACGCAGACAUUCUCGGACAGUUGUUUGAUAUCCAAAAGGAAAAGCCUAUUUUGGACGACAUUUCCGUCACCUCUAUGGUAGCCAGCAACAUUUUUGCAGGCAGUGAUUCAACUGCUAUUUCUAUUUCGUCGGUCGUCUAUUACGUGAUUAAGAGCGCCGAAAGCAAGAGGAAGCUUCUGGCGGAGGUAGAUGCGACUGCAAAAGAAAACAAUCUUGAACAUGGAGGUAUUUUCAAUUUGGAAAUGGCCAACAGUAUGCCGUACCUACAGGCAGUCAUGUGGGAAGCAAUGCGCCUUCACCCUGCGAUUGGUAUGAAUCUCGGACGACGAGUUCCCGAGGGAGGUGUCACUAUUGACGGUCAAUAUUUCCCUGGCGGAAUGAACCUGAGUAUUAACGGAUGGGUAAUCAAUCGAGACAAGAAGACCUUUGGCGAGGAUGCGGACGAAUUCCGCCCAGAGCGCUGGAUGGAAGACGCCGAGCGCGUAGGCCAGAUGAGACGUAUCUUUUUCAGCUUUGGUGCCGGAUCACGGUACUGCCUUGGAAGAAAUAUUGCAUGGCUUGAGAUGUCCAAGCUUGUUCCAACCCUUUUCCACAACUUUGACAUUGACCUUGUCGACCCGAGCACAACCAUGAAGGAGCGCACUAUCUCGUUUGUCAAAGUCGACCACCUCUUGGUGACGAUGAAGGCAAGAAACAAGGCAGCAACAAACUAG